AUGGGCGGCGGUGCUUCGUUGGCAAAAGGGAUGGGCCUCAAAAAGGAGGGGGGCGCGGCGGAGGAACUAAAAGGAGAAAAAAGCAAAUUCUGGCACGGCUGCCCUGACAUGUCGACGGUGGCGCCCAGUGACAGCGGCACGAUUACUCCGGCGUUUCGUAUAAGCAAAAAGGAAACAUGCUUUCUCAUCGUAGCACCUCUUCUGGCGGAAGAGGUGGAGCACGCGUUGGGAAAAAAGGAACAGAAUGAUGUUCAACCGCAGCCGCAGCAGCCGCAGCAAAAUACCUCCAAAUCAGUGCGGUGGGCUUUCUACAACGACAGUAAGCAAUUGACCGUCAAAAUCACAGUAAGUUUUUUUUGUGCAACGCAAGGAUUAAGGGUGAUAAAUGAGGACGUGAAAACGGAGCAUACAGAUGACAAUUGUCUACGUGCAUCUGUCAUGGUGAGGCCGCUGGAGACCGUGGUGUUUGUUGAGGGCUUGGUGGGUGACUACUCGAUCAGGUGCGAGAUUCUUCAGUAA